AUGCAGCUCACGACAACCUCAGUCUUGUCCAUUCUUGUUGGAUGCACCUUCGCCAAGAUGCAUAACGUGGCAGUCUGUGUCACUAACAGGAAGUAUUCUGAGAUUGGAGGCACUGCCUUCAGUCCUAGUUACACAUGGUCCAAGGACUAUGAGAUCUUGCCCGAUGCGACCAAGUGUGCCUGUGACCUCUACAAACAACGCAACACCGGUGACAAGCAGUGGGACCAAUGCCCUGAUUGUACUUUUGACGGCAACUACUGCAAUUCUGCCGACUGGCAUAUUGGGGGUGAUGAGAUAACCUACUACUGCGAGGAAAUGUGCCAUGCCCAAGGUGCCGAGGGAAAUUAA